GUGAGAUGGCCGACUCUCACCAGCAAACACUAUACGAAAAGCAAGAUGCGGCACGUGCGGUGGGUGGCGUCCGACCCGCGGAUUUCACGUGGCCCCAGCGAGAGGUUCUCCGAGCCGAGCCUCCACAGUGUCAGUCCGGUGCGGCAGCUGCAGCAGGAGGAAACAUCCCAAACAUGGCUGUGGAGCUGGAGCCCACUGAUGUGAUCCGUCUAAUAAUGCAGUAUCUCAAGGAGAACAACCUCUACCGCACACUCACCACCUUACAGGAGGAAACCACAGUUUCUCUCAACACAGUGCAAAGCAUUGAGAGCUUUAUUGAGGAUGUAAACAGGGGCCACUGGGACUCUGUUCUGUUGGCUAUCGAGUCUCUCAAGUUGCCCGACCACACGCUGAUUAACCUCUAUGAACAGGUUGUACUGGAGCUCAUUGAAAUGAGGGAGGUGGGUGCAGCUCGUUCGCUCCUCAGACAAACCGACCCAAUGAUCAUGUUGAAGCAGACCCAGCCUGAGAGGUACGCCCAUCUGGAGAAGCUGCUGACCUUUCCUUACUUUGACCCUCGUGAGGCAUACCCAAAGGGCAGCAGUAAAGAGAAGCGACGCAGAGCCAUAGCUGAGGCAUUAGCAAGGGAGGUCAGUGUUGUCCCUCCAUCUCGUCUCAUUGGACUCCUGGAACAAGUCAGCUACAUUAGGCGACAGAUAAAUCCAGAUUAUCUCUCCCCUGAAAUGACAAUCGACACAAGCAAGGAGCAGCGGGUGCAAAAAGAAAGCUUUCCAACUCAGCUCUACCGCCACAUAAAGUUUGGACGACGAUCACAUGUGGAAUGUGCCCGGUUCUCUUCUGAUGGGAAGUAUUUGAUCACCGGAUCAGUUGAUGGGUUUAUUGAGGUCUGGAACUUUAACACUGGAAAAAUUUGCAAGGAUCUCAAAUAUCAAGCCCAAGAAAGCUUCAUGAUGAUGGAUGAUGCUGUGCUGUGUAUGUGCUUCAGUCAAGAUGCAGAUUUAUUGGCCACAGGAGCUCAGAACGGUAAAAUAAAGGUGUGGAAGAUCCAAAGUGGCCUGUGUGUGCGCAGGUUCGAGCAUGCUCACAACAAAGGGGUGACAUGUUUGAACUUUUCAAAGAACAACGACCACAUCCUCAGUGCUUCGUCUGACCAAACCAUAAGGAUCCAUGAACUGAGGUCAGGCAAGACGUUAAAGGAGUUAAACGGCCAUUCAUCGAUUGUAAAGGAGGCAUGCUUCACUCAGGAUGGUUUUCACAUCAUCAGUGCCUCAUCUGAUGGCACCAUUAAGAUCUGGAACACAAAAUCGUGUGAAUGCCUUCACACCUUUAAAUCCCAGUUAGUUACACCAGAUGUCCCAGUCAACAACGUGAUUCCCCUUCCACAAAACCCUGAGGAGUUUGUGGUGUGUAACCGCUCCAGCAGAUUGGUCAUCAUGAACAUGCGCGGCCAGACAGUGAAGACCUUUUGUUCUGAGCAGCCACUGAGAGCGUGCUUCAUUUGUUGCACUGUCUCACCCCACGGAGAGUGGAUCUACUGUGUGGGGGAGGACUGUGUGCUGUACUGCUUCAACUACACAUCAGGGAGGCUGGAGAAAACGCUGACUGUCCAUGAGAAAGAUGUAAUUGGCAUCGCUCACCACCCACAUGAGAACCUGAUUGCCACCUACAGCGAGGAUGGGCUGUUAAUGCUGUGGAAAUCCUAAAGAGUCCCUGCAUCAGACUGAGGAGGAGCUAGGGAGUCCACUGCAGAGCUCAAAAGCAUUAAGAUAAAGCUUAAAGGGAUGAAUCUGAAUUUUUACAUGAAAACUUCUAUCAAACUUUUAUACAGCUUGUAUCUUUUCUGUAGCGGAGCAUUUUCAUUCAUCUUAAAUCAUUAAUGGGUAAAAUCAGAUUAGGCGGUGCCAGUGGAUGAUGCUAAGAGAGACUAAAACCAAAGUGGACUUUUUGUAAAAAUUCCAAAACUGCUGUCACUGUUAAACAACAAAAAACUAUUGUACUGGAUUGUUAUUUAUCAAAACAGAAGGUGGUGCACCCCCAAUGCCUUUGAGGGAAACAUGAAAAUAUAACUUGUAAUGUAAGGAGCAGACUGAGAGAAAAAAAAUUAUGGUUCACCACCUUCUACCUUUACUGGGUAAAACAAACCAAGAAAAAGUUAUCUACUGCGGGUGAGAUGCUAAACGCUCUUUUUUAUUAGAGCCUCACAAAACCUGAACCUUUAUGAGUUAUAUGGUGCCUGAUUGACAGAUUUUAUUUUCUUAGAAGGCCUUCACCAGCAGUUCAGCUAUUUUUUUUAGUGUACGAAAGGGACUUUUACAUUUUUAUAAUCAAGAGAUUCAGGAUACAGCUAAAGAUGAGAGAACCAUCCAAAUAUUUCUUAUUUGUCUGAAUGUGUAAUUUUUAUUUUUUACCUGAUUCACUUUCCAUCAGAAUGCUGUAUGAACUUUGCUGUAUGAGGUUUGGCGGAGCUCUCCAUGGUGCUCCUUGUUAGUCCAACUGAACCAGAGCUAUUUGAAUCCAACUCUCUCAUCUCUUCUUGUCUCUAACAGACAUGAAAAUGCACGAUGGUGAACUGUUGUAAAAAUGAUUUACAGUAGAAACUGCCUAAUGUUUGGGCAUUAAAAAUAUCAGGUAUUUGAUGCUUUACUGUCUUUUUUUGUAAAUAAACUUUUUCUUUUCUUUAUAAUGCUCUGUGAUUUAUCUGCAUGCUACCUCAGUUGACUGCCUUGCUGUGGUUCUGCAAUAAUUCAGAAAUAUGCAUGCUUCCUGUCUGUAUUAGCUGCAUUUUUUUGUAGUGGUGUUCCUGUGCAUACUUUUAGAAGGUCCCUAAAGCUAACACUGUCUUCUACUUGCAUCUAAUAACUGUUAUUUGUCACUGUUGGGUGAAGUCACUGCUCUCUUUUUGGUAUGUUUACUGCAUUGUGGAUAUCACUUUGUCUGC